UGAUGUCCCCCCCGCCAUGCGCAGGCAGUGGUCAGGGGAGGUAAGGCCCUGUCAUUUACCAACUACACUGGCCUCGCUGCUCUUAAAUCAUAUCAUAGGUUACAACAUAUACAGGCGUUAUAUUCAUUUCUACCGACAGUUUAUCAUAGCAAACUAAAUGGUCAUGUAAAAUUGGAUUGCGUCGGAGAGAAAACGAGUGUGGGGGGAAAAAGCACGGUAACUUUGGAAAGGACUGGAGGGAAGGAUGGACAACUCAAAAGCGCAAAUGCCCAACCUAUCCCAGGAGGCUGGGGGUGGUCUGUGUAGCCCUGCCGGUGUCAGACUAGAGGCUGUGAUGGAGCAGCUCCAGAGACAACAGGAGGCCAAGCUGGAGAUGGACCGGCAGGCGAAACGCCUCCGCCAUGCCAAGAGGAUGUUCGCUAAACAUGUAGCCGUGGCCCGGGUCACUGGAGCCCACAUGGACUCUGCCUUCCUGGGCGAACCGAUGGAAGGAACCGGGACAGGAACGACGACUCAGAUGGGUCAGCAGCAGACAGAGGCUGAUGGCAGUAACAGCAACACUCAGAGCUGUGUGGACAGGGUGGACGAUAACGGAGAAGAGGGACUGGGAGGUGAGGAGGAGGAAGAUGAUGAGGAGGAGGAUGAAAAAGAAAGGAUGGAAGGUGAAGAAGAGGUUGAUGUUGGAAUGGCGCAUGGCCACAUGACAAAGAUGUCUCCCCUCCAGCAGGAGCGUUCCUUAUCAUCUAUUCGUCCGUUUUCAACCUCUCCAUCAGCGGCUGCCAAACACAGAGACGCUUCCCCUCCAAUCAAUCUAAAGCGAAGGUCUGGGGAGAAAGACCUGUCUGCCACAGAACAACACUCCUUCACAUCACCCGAUGGAUUUGGAGAUUGGAGGUUUGAUGAUGGAACAUUUAAGCAAGUUGCAUCAGACAUGGACAGUACUACAAAAGGCAGUGUGGGCUGGGCGGAGGAGAAUGAAGGAAGCAAAACAAGAGGAGAGCCGUCCCGAGACUUUGCAAAGCUGUAUGAACUGGACAGUGACCCAAACCGGAAGGUGUUCCUUGAUGAACUGUUUGUGUAUAUGCAGAAACGAGGCACCCCGGUGAACCGUAUCCCCAUCAUGGCUAAGCAGGUGCUGGACCUGUACAUGCUCUACAAGCUGGUGACGGAGAAGGGCGGCCUGGUGGAGGUCAUUAACAAGAAGAUCUGGAGAGAGAUCACGAGAGGACUCAACCUGCCUACCUCCAUCACCUCAGCAGCCUUCACCCUCCGCACACAGUAUAUGAAGUACCUGUACCCGUACGAGUGUGAGAAGAAGGGGCUGAGCUCUCCAGGCAAGCUCCAGGCUGCUAUAGACGGUAACCGGAGGGAAGGCCGAAGACCCAGCUACAGUAACAGCCUGUACGGCUUCUCCACCUCCACCGCCCCUGGCCAGCCACACCACUCCCUCCUCUCUCCCUCCAAGAUGCCCCACCACUCCUCAGCCGGUCACAACGGCCUGCACACCUCCACCAGCCCAUCGCUGACGAGAUCUGCAGAGGAGAUGUCGACCCCCAUGCCACCAAGCCGUCUACCCAUGGCCAACGCUCUCUCCCUGGGGCAGCAGCAGCUAGCUCAGGCCGCUACCCUGGAACACCUCCGAGAGAAACUGGAGAGAGGAGGAGGAGGAGGAGAGGACCCAGACAGGAAGAUGGCUGACUUGGUCAUGGAGGAACAGCAGAGAUUGAUGCAACAGGUGUUCCAACAGAACCUGUUGGCUAUGGCCUCUCACUUCAACCCCGGCAUGAAGCAACUCAAACUCAACAACAACAACAAACACGAGAGUACUGCUAAGCAGGACCUGUCUCUCACUGUCUCCAGUAACGGGGUUGCCAGCAUCAGUGUGUCUGUGGAGGUCAACGGAACACUCUAUUCAGGAAUGCUGUUUGCCCAGAACACUCCUAAUGCAGCCUCUGUGAUGUCUGAGACCGUGCCUCCUGCUGAACAGAUUGGUUUCUGUGUCCCCUCCUCCUCUCAGAGCCCCUCCUCCACAUCCUCCUCUUCCUCCAAGGGGCUCAACUGACCGCAGUGUUCCAACACUGGCCGCCACCAGUCUCUCUCUCUCUCUCCAGUAUACUCAUGUUAUUCUAUUGUCCUGUGUUGAGGACAAAACUGGUGUUCAAUCAAAUGACCUCUUCUCUGGUCAAACUGGACUAAUCUGUGUUAUGGAUGACAAAUAGGGUUGGAUUUUGAGAAAGUAAGUCUUAAAAACAAAUGUCAAGGUAUUGAAUGUACAACUGACUGUUGUCUUUGGUUAAAUAUCUAGAACUACCACUUUCUCCAUGGUCCUCCACUGAAUACACAUUUAUUUGCAUAGAAACAAUGCAUUUUGGGGAAAAUCUAAUCUUACAGCCAAGUGAAGAAGCAACUUGAAUUGUUUUUUAUUUUGGUAUGUUUUAUUAGUAAAUGUACUUUUUUUUUUUCAAUGUUUUUAUUUGGUGAUUAUCAUGUAUUUUCAUGUAAUACUCAUAAUUGCUGUUUUCUUUGUGUACAUCAAUUCAUCGGCUUUGAACUCUACAGUGCUAGUGAAGAACUGUUUCCCAUAGUGCCACAUACAGAAACUGCUUGUGAACAGACUAAUGCAUUUAAGUCAAGUAAGGAGGACUGAAGAUUGGAUUUUAGUUUUCUGAUCAGGUUUAAACAUUUAGAAGAAAAGCAAAAACCAUGAUGGCAAAGGUUUGUACAAAAGCCGGUUUUAAUUUUUUUUAAUCGAAAUACUGUAUGGUGAUUGGCUAUACUGCUGAGCUGAUUUGUUGUCUCUACCUCAUUGAUGGUUUGAACAUUAUGGUAGCCGCCAUCACUUCUGUUUACAAAAUAUGUUAUUAUAACCAUCAACCAGACAAUAUGGAUGCCAAUAAGGGCUCUUAACCGGUGCAUUCAUUUUAACUUUCCUGGGUGCCUGGUGGGUGGAGUCUACACCAUCCUAAAGAGUAAGCUCCCUCAACUUGAUCACAGGGUGAGGUAAUCUAUACACCUCUUACCUCAUUUUGAAGAGGAAGUUCAGUAUUUUACAAACUAACGUUAGAUGGUUCCUCACCCUGAAAGUCAUCUAUGACCCUGGAGAAAAUGUACUUUUCAGGAUGAUGAAUCGUCUACCGUUCGUUUUGUAAAAUACUGAACUUGCCCUUUUUUUAAUGGCUUUCCAUUUCGGGAAGUGACUUUCUCAGGAUCUCCUUAUAUGGACCAGGGAGGACUCAGCACAGAUCAUACCAAACACCCACAGAAUGUAUCUUCA